AUGGCAUCAGCAUCUAACCGGUCAAAGCUAGAUGAGUAUUCUGUCUAUGCGCGGCCUUACGUACCGCUCAAAUGGCGACAGUUCAACGAGAAAGCAUCAAGCCCUGUCUCGUCCCCGCCUCCGCCUUGGAUUAAUUUUGGGCAGUACACACAAUCUUUCGCAGGAAAUGCGUUUCUUCAAGCUAAAGACAUCGAAAUCGAGCCCUCGCACGAGCAACAUGGCGAUCAGUUUGUUCAAUUGGAUCAGCAUAACUACUCUCGAUUCUUCGCCAAAGCUCUGUCGCAGGAGACUGCAGCGCUACAGGAAGAAUACGAUGAUUACGCCCUGUACAGCAUCGCUUUGCCCCAUGACAACAACUCCGUUUACUAUCUCAGCGUACCAGGGCUACGGGAGGCGGGCUUGCGCAUCGAAGUAGGCGAUGUCGUUCACGUCCGUCAGCUGAGAUUCGAUAAGUUUGGCGAACCAGUCAUCACCCCGACCUUUCGUGAUCACAAUGGCAAAGCCAUUGAAACGCCCAACAGCGUAGACAAGCGCUAUGAUGCCGCCGUCUGGGCCAUCGACCGACUCCGCGAAGUCAUCUUGCUUCGGAUUGACGCGAUGCCACGAAGAAGCAUGGUGUUCAACGGGUCAUUCACGAUACAAGCAAGACGAAUGAAUGAGGUUCGUCUGGCAGUCCAGCGAACUCAGGCGCGCCUCGACGAAGCCGACAAUCUGUGGAUCAAGUCAAUGCUGUUCCCCGAGAUCAAGCACGGUCAUCUCCAACACGAGCUCAACAUUGCAACAUUCCAAGUCAAAUUCUAUGACCACAUGCUCAAUUAUGAGCAACAGAGAGCCGUGCAAACGAUACUCGACAACGCGUACGGCAAGCUUCCCUAUUUGAUAUCAGGACCGCCAGGCACAGGAAAGACCAAGACCGUGACAGAGACAGCUCUGCAGCUCGUGGCAAAGAAUACCACGAACCGCGUCGUACUUUGUGCGCCCUCAGAUCCAGCAGCUGAUACACUAGGAAGACGGCUAAGCCAACACUUGAGUCCGCAGAUGCUUUUGAGGGUAAACUCGCCUUCACGGUCUUUCCCAGAGGUUCCCGAGGCAGUGCUUCCCUUCUGUUGUGUGGAGAACGACAUCUUCUCGCUUCCACCAUUCUCAGAGCUGAUGCGCAAGAAAGUGGUUGUACUCACUUGCCGCGAUGUGGACGUGUUGAGGAAGGCGCGAUUAAGCAAUGAAGACUUGUUUCAACUGGAGAGGAAUGUGCAUACAGCAUUGCAUCCUGAACACCCUCCAAUAUUCCCGCAAUUACACUGGUCCUCCCUCAUUAUCGACGAGGCCGCUCAAGCCACUGAGCCAGAGGCCUUGCUCCCUCUCCUCCUAGUUGCACCACCAAAAGAAGCCCAGUAUGAGGGUAAUCGGCUCCCUACGGUUGUGAUGGUGGGCGAUCAGAAGCAGCUUGGCCCACGAACUGCCUGCAAAAUUGGUCCAAUUCGCGUUUCGCUCUUCGAACGUCUGCUCGCCAGAUCACUGUAUUGUGGGCACCCACUUGCACGAUCACGGCAAUUUGGUGGCCUCGUAAGACCGCUUACUAGUGACAUGCUUCCUAUCGUCAGACCGCCUUUUACGGACCUCAUCCGCAACUAUCGAUCACAUCCUGCAAUACUGGCAACGCCAUCCUCACUUUUCUACAACGACACACUGGAGCCAGCUGCUGAAAACACGGACUCCCUACUUUCUUGGCCCGGCUUUGGGGAAGCGCAGCUACCUGUCCUAUUUGCUGACAAUCGUAGGCUUGACGAGAUUGAGCGCGAUGGAGGUGGUUGGUAUAACCUUGGCGAAGCUGACCUAGCCAUCUACCACGCAGAGUCUUUCGUACGUCAAGGCUUACUACAUCCGCACGAGAUCUGCAUCAUGAGCCCAUUCAGCGCUCAGGUUCGUGUCCUACGCAUGAAAGCUCGAGAUCCAGCAGUUGGGAUGCCUGGUAUCAACAUCGGCCCACUCGAAGCCUUCCAAGGUCUUGAGUCUCGCCUUGUCAUCAUCUGCACGACUCGGACUCGAGAUCGAUUCAUCGACCAGGAUCUUGCGCGUGGACUCGGCGUGAUCCACGAACCGAGAAGAUUCAACGUCGCUUUGACUCGAGCAAAGGAAGGCCUGAUCGUAAUUGGCAACCCGCACGUGCUUGGUCAAGAUGAGAACUGGGAGUCUUUCAUCGCUUUUUGCCUUCGCACUGACGCGAAUACCGGCUGGACGGGACGGCACAUUGACGAUUGGCAGCCUCGGCCAGGCACGAAAAUCGAAACUUCGAGGUUGGAGAAGCAGAUGAGCUACAAGGCCAGACUUGACCAGAGUCAAGACUUCAACGUGGUGGCGCGAAGAUUGGGUCAUCUCAAGUUUGGUAUGAGUGAGGAACAGGCGAUGUGGGAGUCUGGAAUCCAGGCAGAGGCGGUGAUGCGAAAGGAUCAGGACUUGGAGGGUGAAUUCUAUUCAAACAGUGAGAAAUGA